AUGUCGAGAAAAAGACUGGACGGCAAAACGGUAAUAGUGACUGGAGGAACAGCUGGAAUGGGCCUACACAUAGCUACAGACCUGGCCCAUAGAGGAGCUAGAGUGAUAGUCGCCUGUCCCUUCGAAGAUGAAGGCACUAACGCGAGGAAACAGAUAGUGAAAGAGACUGGCAACGAAAACGUGGUAUACAAGUAUCUCGAUUUGGGAUCUUUACAAUCUGUGAGACAAUUUGCGGCAGACAUCUUAAGAACUGAAGACAGACUGGACGUUCUAUUGAACAAUGCUGGAGUCUUGAUUCCUGGAGACUUCCUGACGUUGGAUGAUAUGAACUAUAUAAUGCAAGUAAACUAUUACGGAACAUUCCUAUUGACAUUACUGCUCAUCCCUCUUUUGAAGAAAACUGGGAAACCUGAAGAAGCGAGCAGAAUCAUUACAACUGCUUCUGUGACACAUCGUGUUGCAAAAAUUGAUAUCGAAAAUUUAAAUAAAACAAAUUAUUGGAAAAGAUAUGAGAUUUAUUCAAAUAGUAAGUUAUGUAUCGUCCUUUUUGCCCAUGAACUAUCGAAGCGGCUGAAGGGCUCCAACGUUGUGAUUAACAACGUAGAUCCCGGAUUCGUUGGCACCAGGAUAUACGAUUCUGCAAACAAAACGAUUGGAUCCUUUGUAACAUCAGCAUCGAAAAUAUUGUUCAAGACUCCGUGGGAAGGUGCACAAACAGCUUUGCACGCUGCGUUGGACAACAGCGCUGGAGAAGUGAGUGGAGCCUACUUCAUGAACUGUAAAAUAGCUCAAGCUGCGAAACACGCGUGUUGUGGGAAAACUGCAAAAAUAUUAUGGGAAGAAUCGGUCAGAUUGGUGAAGUUAAGGGAUGAUGAAUUAGAACUGUGUUUUAAGUGA